AUGGCCAUGCUAUCACAAAAUGAAAUAAUUAGUAGAACCAAAACGUCAGUUCUCGCUCUUGAAUCAUUGAAGAAUGAACAAGCUCUAGCUCUCGAUGGACUUAAGGCUCAGAUCUCCUCAGCUGAACUUGACAAGAUUGAAAAGGAAUUUAUAGAAGAAAAAACUCCCCCGCUCUCAAGUUUACUUGAUCGAAUACAAUGCAGCAUUGAUGAAGCUGGGGCAGAAAAGCAAAAAUUAAAGUAUCAGGGACGUAGGCUAUAUCAAGAGAAUGUUUGGUUAAGAGACGAGCUUACUAAAAGCCAUGAAGAGUUUCGCUUAAGCGAGCAAAAAGUGGUCCUUCUUGAAUCCCAGGUUAAGCAGCUGGAAUUCACUGCUGAAAUGCGUAAAUACGAUGUCCCAGAGUCUGCUGAUUCUACUGCUCCCGGUGAUGGUAGUGGAGAAGGAAACGAAAAGACUGCUGCUGAU